GGGCGCCAUUGCCUUCUCCGUAUCUGUAUUCUUUUUUUUUUUAGCAUUUGCUUAAUUUCUGGCACAACAUGAUAAAUUUAUCUUGUGUUUUUCGUAUCUGCCAUCAAGUUUUCCAGUGAGCCCUGCCUCCUUUUAGGGGGAAAUGGUAUUUAAAACCAAUGACGGAGGGAAUUCUCUAGUGGUCCGGUGGUUAGAACACACUUUUACUGGGGGGACCUGGUUCAAUCCAUGGUUGGGAAACUAAGAUCCCUCGUGCCAUGGGGUGCAGUCCCCCAAAAUAAAUAAAUAUACAAUUUCAUAAAUUAAAAAAAAUUUUUAAAUAUAUAAGAACAAUGACUAGAGCUAGAAAUGUAGAAAUGUGUGUGUGUGUACGAGAGAAGGGUCCCUGUUUUAUAUUUUUAUCUCCCUUUUUCCACACUGAGAACCCUAGCCCCAAACACAAUAUUAUUUGCUCAGUCAUUUGCUCAAUCUUUAAAUAUACACCAAAGAAUUUGAAUUACUAGACCUAUACCACUGCAACAAACAGCAUUCAAGAUUGUUUGCAGAGUUUUUUUUUUCUUUAUAGUAAGCGUAUAUGGUCAAACCAUGCUAUUCAAAUUUACUUAGAUUAAUUCUUUUUCUUCUCCCUUCACUGAGUUUAUUAACUUGAAAAGAAUUGGGUUUAUUUGUUUUUGUCAUCAUUCAUUUUUAGUUUUCCCUGCUGCAUCCUUUUUGAGCACCUUUUUUUUAGUGUGGAAUUUUAAUAUGAUUUCUAAGUAAAAUUCGUAAAAGGAACAAUUGACUUCCCUCUCCUAUCCCUUCAUCUUGUCUUCCUUCCCCUUGUAGAGAGUCACUUCAUUGGUUUUUGGUUUAUCUCUCCUCUUUUUUUUUUUUGCAAAAACAUGAAAAUACAAUGUUUUUUCUCUCUUUUUCAGGUAGAAUGAAAAAUCAUUCAAAAAUCAAGAACAAGGGGAUUAUUUCCCCACUCUCUGUUCUGUAGGAGACCCCUGACUCCUCCUUCUCCUCAAAUCAGAAAGAAAGGGCUUCCUCAGAAGCUCUUCAUGAUUACUCCCAGUGUGCAGACCCAAGUUUCAGGUUUCACGCUGUCCCUGGUUCUAGGACAGGAGAUAUCAGAGAAAAUAAAGAAGAGGAAAUUCACUGCCGGUUUGGUGGUAGUGACAGUUCCCUGGUUGGACUGCCUGCUUAUUCUUUUGCGUCCUUAGAUAGCUCUGCUGUAAUCCAUCCAGGAUUCCAUCCAGGCUUCUUUGUUGCAUUCAGUAGGAGAGAUUGAGUGAAGUCUGUUUACUCCUAAAGACUUGCUGUCAAGAAGCUCAUAUGAGAACAGUUUAAGUAGAAGAUUAUUUAGAGAAAUUCCUCAAGCAAGAACAGAAUAACCAGUAAAGAAUGUGAACAAACUAGAUUUUUUUCCCCCUGUUUCCUUGUCUGUUACCAGAAUCUUUCCUCAAACCUGCCAUUUAGUAUAGUUUCUACAUCUUAAUUUUAAAAGUUAGACAUUUGGACAUGAUUUCUUAAAUAUAUAGAUUUUAAGAGCAGUAUUUUCUUAAUAUAUUAGUUUUUGAAGUGUUAUCUGGACGUUUUGAACAAAUGAAUGUAAUAUGGAUUUAUGGAUUUAAAUAACUAUCAUUUUGAGUAAAAUUUGCAAUAAUUAUUGAGCAAUCCAUAUUAAUGUUAGUUUUAUCACACAUGCAUGAAUGCUCAGUCAUGUCCGACUCUUUGCGGCCCCAAGGACCAUAGCCCACUGGGGUCCUCUGUGCAUGGGUUUUCCUAGUCAAAAAUACUGGAGUGGGUUGCCAUUUCCUUCUCCAGGGGAUCUUCUCAACCCAGGGAUUGAACUCGCAUCUCUGGCAUCUCCUGCAUUGUAGUUUUAUCAUAAAUGUUCCAUAAUCCUCUUGUCUUUAAUAAAUUUUUCAUUUUUACAGUGUAAGGCAAACAAUAUUUAUUAUGACCAAGUGUUGAUCCUUUUCACAUGAUCUAUGCUAUCAUUCUUACAUGCUUAUUCAGGAGUCACUUUACAAACAAAUGUAUCCGAAUGGCUAGUGAAAAAUAUUUCAAUUUUGUUAGCUAACAGAGAAGUAAGAAGUCAAGUUAUUGUGCAAUUCCAACUAAUAGUGAAAAUGAAAACCAUAGACAGUAUCAAUUGUUAGUAAGAAUAUAGAGUAACUGGAACUCUCAUAUGGCUGACAGGAGCCUUAAAUUGGUUUAAAAAAAAAAAACCCACUUUGGAAAAUGAUUUGGCAAUGUCUGCUAAAGCUAGUGUAAAUGUGAAAAUCCUAGGACUCGCAAUUCCAUCCCUUGGUAUAUGACAACCAGAAAUAUGUACAGAUACUUACCAAAAGGAAGAUACAUGUGUAUUUAAAGUGGCCUGUUUAUAUUAGCCAAAAACUGGAAACUACCUACAUAUAUGUCAGCUGUAGAACAGUUGAAUGAAUUGUGUUUGGUGAGAAUGGAAUAUGAUACAGCUAUGAGAAUGAGUGAAGUACAGCUGCUUGUAACAAAAUGAAGGAAGUUCACAAGCGUGUUGUUGAACAAAAGCAAUUGGUAUCUUGAUCUUGGUGUUGGCUUCCUGAGUGUAUCCACACUGAAAAUUCUUCCAGCUUUAUACUUAGAACCUGUUUGUCUUCCUAUGUUCAUCUUCCUAUAUUAUAUACUUCAGUAAAAAAAAUAUACUAAAUUGGAUCUUGAUUUAUUUUUGUUUGUUUUAUAAAGAUUGACUUUUAGUGUAUGUAUUACCAGCCCUUUAUAGAACUCAUUAGAAUAGUUUUUCAGUUGACUCUCUUAGUUGUUAUAGGUUAAUAUGUUUGACUGUUCUAGUUGUUACAGUAGCUGACCUUUUCAUCAGAAAACUAGAAUGAGUGUUAUCUUUAGGAUAUUUUUUUUUAAUGCCAAAAAACACAUAGAAUUGAUUUUUAAUCAGCCCAAAUAUAUUUAAAUAAAAAACUAAGGCCCGCUCAUACAAAGCCCAUCUAUGAGGGUUCUCUGUUUCCCUUACUCCUUCCAUGGGCUGUAAACCUUUGCAGUGGGAGAACCCACAUAACACUAGAGCUGCUUGCCUUUUUGUUGACCCUUUUAAGUGAGCAACCUUUCACAUAAUAUUUGUAAUAAAUGUUGAUGCAAUGAAUACUAGUCAUGUAGUAUAAUUCUGUUUGUCCCUCCCCAACCUCUUCAUUUUGUUUUAGGGUUUUUUUUUUUUUGGUUGUUGUUUGUUUUUGUUUUUGCAGAUCUGUUCACAGAUGCUGCUGAAACUGAAAAAAUGGCCAAAAGCUUGGAAGAUUCUGAAGGAGUUUAUUUUGUUCCAUCUUUUAGUGGAUUGCAGGCUCCAUUAAAUGACCCCUGUGCGUGUGCCUCUUUUAUGGGUUUGAAGCCUUCCACCAAUAAAUACCACCUUGUUCGAGCAAUAUUGGAGUCUAUAGCUUUCAGAAACAAACAGUUAUAUGAGAUGAUGCAGAAAGAGAUCCAUAUUCCUGUAAGAAAAAUUCGGGCAGAUGGAGGAGUUUGUAAGAACAGUUUUGUUAUGCAGAUGACUUCAGACCUGAUUAAUGAGACUAUAGACAGACCCGUCCACGUUGAUAUGUCAUGCUUAGGCGCAGCUUCUCUAGCUGGCCUUGCUGUUGGGUUUUGGAGUGACAAGGAAGAGCUAAAGAAACUGAGGCAAAGUGAAAUGGUUUUCAAGCCCCAGAAGAAAUGGCAAGAAUAUGAAAUGAAUAUGGGGAACUGGGUCAAAGCCGUGAAACGCUCCAUGAAUUGGUAUAAGACGUAACACUGGUGAAAUGACUGAAACCUUGGAGGGCUGAUCGUCGUGAUGUGCAGCUGAGCCAAAACUCAGGAAUAACAAUGAGACCAACCGUGACCGAGAGGAGGCUUAAACUGAGCUUUGCAACCCUAGAGAAAAAGCCCUGCUUUUUGUAAAACAAAACAAAAUAUCCAUUAAAAAAAAAAA